AUGGUUUCGGUUACACUACAGUCACUUCUUGAUUCCAACUUUACAUUUAAAGUACAAGCUUUUGUUUUGAGUAAAGUAACUUCAUUCCUUCCUGAAAAGCAAAUUAUUGUAGAUUUAUGGUCGGAGUUCUCAAACAUAGAACUAGCAGAUCCAUCAUUUCGGAAACUAAACAAAAUCGACAUUCUUCUUGGAGCUGAUGUUUACAGUCAGAUUUUGUUAGAUGGUGUAAUUAAAGGACCUCCAGGUGUACCUAUGGCUCAGCGAACUUCGCUUGGCUGGAUAAUUUCUGGUUCUGUAAAUAUUGGUUCAUCAAUAACACAAAAUCCAAUAGGUAUGCACAUUUCUCAUGUAAAUGAAGAUGAGUUAUUAAAGAGAUUUUGGGAAUUAGAAGCUGAUACUUGUUUAAAUUCAAACAAACAUUUAACUGACGAAGAUAUUUACAAACACUACGAAGCGCGAUGA